GGUGCAUUUAAUGCAGGCCGUUCAACGAGCUUUGACGCCGAGGUCAUGGCCUCGGCAAAAGGGCUAGAAGUUCUCGAAACCUUAAUCAAGGACGAGGACGACACCAUUGUGCUGGCAAGUGAUAACGGACCAAGUCAAUUGGUCGGAAUCAAGGCUAACCUAUCAUUGAAGCGGAUGUGUGAUGGCCCCAAGCGUCGCAAAAUCAUCUUCCUGUGGAGCCCAUCUCAUGUGGGCAUAACGUGGAAUGAAGAAGUCGAUCAAAUGGCUUCGGAUAUCACGGAAAUGCGAGGCUCCCUAGCUUUACAAGCAUCCAGACAUGUGCAGCGGGUCAACGUGGCGGGUAUUCCAGACCCGUCCAUUGUUGCGCGACCUAAUGCCUAUUUAGGCAAGAAAUUCUGGUGGCACAAGGAAUUGACGCCCACCAAUGUUCGCAACCGUACCUUUAUCUUCAGGAAGGGGUUGUCCGAAUGGGGUAACAACGCAGACGCUGCUCGCUUCUGUCGUGUUAUCACCAAUCAUUUCCCUUGCGGGGAGUUCAGAGAGCGCUUCAAUCUCCUUGGAGAUGGGAACGCAUAUUGCAUAUGCGGUCAGGGUGGCCAUAAGGAAACCCGUGACCAUAUGCUCUUCGAAUGUCCUCUUUGGCUUCGCGUCAAAAAGCAUUCUCAUAGUCCCUUCAUUGGUCCCUUCGGGUGGCACCAAACAAAGAAGGACACUUAUUACUCACGGUUCCAACGCACUUGGAAGCCGUCUGAUGUUCUUGACUUUUUGAAGUUGAACCCAUGGGUCGGGUCCUUCGAAUGGACCGAAAUUCUUGCGAAAUGCAAGGACGACCAUGCUGCCGGCUCCAAGCGCACAAUGGCUUGGGCCAGGCUUAACGCCCACACCGUCUGGAAACAACGGAAGUGGAAAGAAGUGCUGAACCAUAUGGGUAAACCCCCGCAAUAUGUCAGCGUAUCAGACAAAGAGGUCGAAAAGUUCAUUGAGACCAUCGAUGCCAAAUGUGAGUGUUUUGCGCUCGAGUUAUUCAACACGUGGGAG